AUGACGAAUAAUGAAAGGUUUUGUCAUGAUAAGGAUGGUUGGGGACCUUGGAGACUUGAUAACGGAGUUCCUGAUUUUACAGUGUGUUUCGAAGAAGGAUUACGCACUUUGAUUAAUACGACUUCAAAUCUAUUGUAUUUUUCCAUGUUUUCAAUUUCUAUGAUAUUGGUUUUGGUUGUAUUUGUGCUAGAAUUACUUCCUAAACCACAAAAUGAUUAUGAACUUAUUGACGACGAUGAAAACUAUGAUUGUCCAGAAGAAUCUGCAAAUAUAUUUUCAAGGGCAACAUUUUAUUGGAUGACACCUCUUAUGAAGCUUGGUUAUCAGAAAUUUCUUACUAUGGAUGAUCUAUGGAACUUGAAUUCCGAAGAAAAAUCAAAGAAAAUAUCGGAAGAAUUUGAGGCUGCUUGGAAUAAUGAAUUAGAGAAAAAAAAACCAUCAUUGUUAAGAGCAUGCGCCCUUACAUUUGGAGGUCCAUUUUUAUUUGCAGCUGUGUUUAAAGCUUUACAGGAUUUAUUGAAUUUCGUUCAACCAGUUCUUUUGAGAGAACUUAUGAUAUUUGUGAAUAGUCAAGGCGAUGAAAAAACAAAACAACCCCCUUAUAGAGGUUAUACUAUUGCAACAUUAAUGUUUAUUACGGCAAUUACUCAGACUAUGUUCUUGCAUCAAUAUUUCCAAUUAUGUUUUGUUACCGGCAUGAGGAUUAGAGCAGGAUUGGUAACUGCGAUAUAUAGAAAAUCGUUAAAAUUAUCUAAUUCUUCAAGACAAAAUUCUACUGUAGGAGAAAUUGUAAAUCAUAUGAGUGUUGAUGCGCAAAAAUUAAUGGAUUUAUGUACUUACUUGCACAUAGCCUGGUCAGGUCCAUUACAGAUUGUACUUGCUUUGUAUUUUCUAUAUAAAACGAUGGGUGUUAGUUCGUUUGCUGGUGUAGGUAUUAUGAUUAUGAUGAUUCCAAUUAAUGCAUUCAUAGCUAGUAAGAUGAGAACAUUACAAAAGAAACAAAUGAAAAAUAAAGAUGAUAGAAUUCGAUUGAUGAAUGAAAUCUUAAAUGGAAUUAAAGUUAUCAAACUAUAUGCUUGGGAAUCUGCUUUCCUUAAGAAGGUUUUCCACGUAAGAAAUGAUUUAGAAUUAGAAACAUUAAAAAAACUUGGAUACUUUGCUUCUAUUCAAACCUUUACUUGGUCUUCAACUGUAACAUUUUCAACUUUUGCGGUUUAUGUGAUGAUCUCUGAUACCCCAUUAAAUGCUCAGCUAGUUUUUGUGGCACUUGCACUUUUCAAUAUAUUACAAUUUCCGUUGGCGGUUUUUCCGAAUGUUAUAACAUCAGGGGUUGAAGCAAUUGUAUCGUCGAAAAGACUUGAAAAAUUUUUGUUAUCGGAAGAAUUAGAUCCCCGUGCCGUUAUUAGACAGGAUUACCGUGUUAGAAAUUCCGACCAACUUAUUCAAAGUGAUGAUAUUGAAUUAAUUUCUAUUAAAAAUGGAGUAUUCAAAUGGAAUAGAUUUAAUGGUGUCAUAUUGAAUAAUAUUGAUUUGAGUGUAAAGAAAGGAGAGUUGGUUGCUAUUGUGGGUAGAGUUGGCACGGGAAAAUCUUCUUUGAUAUCGGCUUUAUUGGGUGAAAUGGAAAAAAUCGAAGGAGAGGUUAUUAUUCGAGGCCAUGUUGCUUACGUAUCCCAAUCACCAUGGAUUAUGAACGCUACUUUACGAGAUAAUAUUACUUUCGGAUAUAAAUAUGAGCCCGAAUUUUAUAAUGAAGUUAUUGAAGCAUGUUCUUUAAAACCUGAUAUUGCUAUUCUUCCAGGCGGAGAUUUGACGGAAAUUGGAGAGAAGGGGAUUAAUUUAUCCGGAGGUCAGAAAGCAAGGGUUGCUUUAGCUCGAGCCGUUUAUGCUAGAGCUGAUAUAUAUUUGUUUGAUGAUACAUUAUCUGCUGUUGAUGCUCAUGUUGGAAAACAUAUUUUCGAUAACGUGAUUGGUCCAAGCGGUCUUUUACGUACAAAGGCUCGUAUAUUUAUUACACACGGAAUUCACUACCUUUCACAAACAAAUUCUGUAGUAAUGAUGCGAGACGGGCAAAUUAUAGAACAAGGACAUUUCGAUUCAUUAAUGAAGCUGAAAUCUGAAUUGUUUAAUCUCAUUAAAGAGUUUGGUCAACAAGAAUCAACAGUUGAUUCGGAAGAAACAGAAAUUGUUUCUUUUCCCACAACGCUGGAGACUUAUGAGAUAGAUGAAGCAAAUAAUGAAUCAGAGGAAACUGCAAGUCGACCAAGAGAAAGAAGAGUUAGUGUUGCAAGUUUACAUAGACGUCCUAGUCUGAUCACUGUGAGAAAUAGGAAAAAGCAGGGUGAAGAAAUCGGGAAAGAUGGAUUAAUUACUAAAGAAGACAUGGUUAAAGGAAAAGUGGCAUGGAAAGUUUACUCGGAUUAUAUCAAUAGUUGUGGCAUUGGCACUGUGGUGUUUUAUCUAAUUAUUUUGGUUAUUUCUGUUGGACUUUCAGUUUCUACAAAUGUUUUCCUUAAAUAUUGGAGCUCGAGAGAGAACUAUUGUACUUUGUAUAUUUUGUGCUCUUCGAGCAGCACGAAAGUUGCAUCAUCAAUUGUUGCUUGGCAUAAUAAGGACACAACACCUUUGGGAAGAAUAUUGAAUAGAUUUAGCAAGGAUAUAUAUACCAUAGAUGAAGUACUUCCACGUACAUUUGCGGGAUACUUUCGAACUCUCUUUUCAGUUAUAGCCACGAUUGUUGUGAUCUCGUUUUCAACACCGUUAUUUGUUUUUGUAAUCAUUCCGAUGAUCUUUAUGUAUAAUUAUAUCCAAACCUAUUAUUUGUCAACUUCGCGUGAAUUAAAACGAUUGGAUUCGGUCACGAGAUCACCAAUUUACGCACAUUUUCAAGAAACCUUAGGAGGAGUUUCAACAAUUAGGGCAUAUCAACAAGUAGAUAGAUUCCUUGAAGAAAAUGAAAUAAAAUUGGAUACAAACCAAAGAGCGUAUUAUCCAUCGAUCUCAUGUAACCGAUGGUUAGCCGUAAGGUUGGAAUUCUUGGGAUCCAUUAUUAUCUUUGGGGCCGCCAUGUUAUCAGUUAUAACAGUUCUUACAACUGGCAACAUCGAUGCUGGACUUGUAGGAUUAUCAGUAUCUUAUGCUCUUAGUGUUACUCAAGCUUUGAAUUGGGCCGUAAGACAAUUCUGUGAAAUUGAAACAAAUGUUGUUUCCGUGGAAAGAGUAAAAGAGUAUAUUGACUUGCCAAGCGAAGCACCAGUUGUUAUACCUGAUAAUAGACCAGAUCCAACAUGGCCACAAAAUGGUUCAAUUGAAUAUCAAAACUAUUCUACAAGAUAUCGUCCAGAACUUGAAUUGGUCUUGAAGGGAGUUUCAUUUGUUAUUAAACCAAAAGAAAAAGUUGGUAUAGUUGGAAGAACUGGUGCAGGAAAAUCAAGCUUAACAUUAAGUCUGUUUAGAUUAAUUGAGGCAGUAAAUGGUGCUAUUAUAAUGGAUGAAUUAAUCAAUGACUCAAAAUUUUAUCGGACCAUUGCAUUCAAUCUUGAUCCAUUUGAAGCGCAUGAAGAAGUAGAAAUUUGGCAAGCAUUACAAAGUGCACAUUUAAAACAAUAUAUUUUGAACAUGGAUGAUAAAUUACAAGCUAAAAUACUAGAAGGGGGUGAUAAUUUCAGUCAAGGGCAAAGACAAUUGUUGUGUUUGGCUAGGGCUUUAUUAAGGAGAUCCAAUGUUAUCGUAUUGGAUGAAGCUACAGCAAGUGUUGACGUAGAGACGGACUUCCAAAUUCAAAAUACCAUUCGAACCGAGUUUAAUUGGGCCACUUUACUUUGUAUUGCUCAUCGUUUAAGAACAAUAAUCGAUUAUGAUAGGGUAUUGGUUCUUGAUCAUGGAAAUGUUGCAGAAUUCGAUACACCAUAUAAUUUAUUACAAAAUCCAGAUAGUUUAUUCUAUAAAUUAUGCGAACAAAGCAAUGAAUUUGAAUAUCUAAAAGAACUUGCAACAAAAAAACAAACAGCAACAUAA